UUUUGAUAUGACCUUAGUUGAAGCUUCUUUUUGGUGUCUAUUUAUUAGCACAUGGAGAAUCCAUAGCAAUGGACUGCUACCAACAAAGUAAAGAAGAUGUCCAUGAUGAAUUCCUUCAGACAUUUUGUUACACAGAUAUAGAAAUGAUGACAAAGAUCAGAAACCAACAAUUAUAUGGAGUCGACAUAAAAACAAGGCGUCCAGAACUAUUCGGUCCCAGUUACGGGAGACAUUGUAUUUGUGUUGUAGCCGGGCAGGUGCCCUGUCCAGCUUAUGAAAAACUGCCCAAAGAAAUGCGCGGGAAAUUCAAUCCUCUGAAUGCUCGGAACAAAUGGCGAAAAGCUGAAGAGGAAGUGUUAGGGACAAAUCAGGAGACGGAAGUGUGACGGGAGGUCUACUACAAUAAGACUGGGGGGAGGAUAGUCAUUCAGGUGUGAUAGGGGGUCUAUUGCACUCGGAAGGAUGGUGUGCAGUGACUAAAUGCAAUAAAUGAGGAUCAUGAGAGUUUAGAAGUGAAAACACUGAAUCAUAAGUGUAUAUGUUUCAGAUGUUUAUCAUGCAUGUAUAUAUUGUUGAAUGCAUUUAUUUGAUGUAUAAAUGUAUCGGUAUAAUUGUUGUGAGUUUUAUAGAUUGCACAGUAAUAUUUCUGUUAAUAA